AUGUCAAGUUUGAGUCAAACAGCGUCCGAGGAAGCCGUUUUAUUAGAACGUGGUUAUAAAUUAACGAAAAAAAUCGGCGAGGGUUCUUACGCUAAGGUUUACCAAGCCGAUUACAAAUCGCAGUAUCGUUCGGUAAAGGAUUCCACGUUGGCUUGCAAGAUCAUCGACACAUCGAAAGCACCGAAAGAUUUCGUUCGUAAAUUUUUACCAAGGGAGCUUGAUAUUUUAGUUAAAUUGAAUCAUCCACACGUGGUACAUAUACACAGCAUCUUUCAAAGACGAACGAAAUAUUUUAUAUUCAUGCGUUUUGCUGAGAACGGUGACCUUCUCGAUUUUAUCCUAAAGAACGGUGCAGUGACAGAGAAUCAAGCUCGCAUAUGGCUUCGACAACUGACUCUUGGACUUCAAUAUCUUCACGAAAUGGAAAUCGCACAUCGUGAUAUGAAAUGUGAAAACGUAUUACUAACUACGAAUUACAAUGUAAAAUUAGCCGAUUUCGGAUUUUCACGAUACAUGAUUGACAAUCGUGGUAAACGUGUAUUAAGUGACACGUAUUGUGGUUCCUUGUCAUAUGCUGCACCAGAAGUUCUACGUGGUGCUCCUUAUAAUCCAAAACAUUCAGACAUUUGGUCUUUGGGUGUAAUUCUUUAUAUCAUAUUGAACAAAGCCAUGCCUUUCGAUGAGACCAACAUAAAGGUACUUUACGAACAACAAAUAUCACGUAGAUGGAAAUUUCGACGAAAAAUAGACGAAACGUUAAGUGAAAAUGCGAAGAAAACUGUUACCAAUCUUUUGGAACCUGACGUAAGCAAACGUUGGCAAGUUGAUCAGAUAUUAUAUUGCGAUUGGAUAGCAAUGGAUGAAAGAUUAUUGAUUUUGACACCUGCUGAACAAACUGCUCUUAAUAAUGCUAUAGAGGAACGUAAAAAGAACGAAGAGAAAUUUUCUAAGAAGAAAUCUCUGAGAAUCGAAAAGAAGAGUGAAAAGCAGCAAGAUAAUAUUAAAGAAACUGUCGAACAACAAGUCACCAUUUUAAAGGGUGCUACAAAGGCUAGAGCAUCAUCUCUUUUACCAACUGGUCUUUUUCAAAAACUCGAGACGUAAUCGAAUAUCAUUUGGUAUACAAGUACAAUUGGAAG